UCGCGCCUCGCCCCUUGUUGAUAUCUGUGUACCGAGCCCAGCGCGAGGUGGCGGUUGGAGUUUGAAAUGGGACACAGGCCGAGUGGGCGUGGUUCCAUGGUGGGUGGGUUUGGAGUGAAAGAAGGCGUGGUCAGUGUUACACGGUGGAGGAGAAUCCCGUCACCUCAGAGAAGCGGUACCGACCUGUCCCGGCUUGUAUUUUGAAGAAAUAUUUGCUACUGCUUCUGAGAGACCAUUCUCACCUUGACCUUUCAGAAUGGCAACUCAAUGGACCCGGAAAGCUUUUAAGCACCAAGAACCUGUUUCUGGAACAUUUCACGUCUAAGUAAAUGAAGAUCUAUUGUUUUUUGGAAUCACAAUACCAUCUUUAGAAAAAAAACUGACAUCCCUUUUUGUAAUUUUUUUUGCCUUGGACGUAUUCAUUUUUCUAAGAGCUCAGGUGUGAUGAUAAACGUCUAAUUACAUUUCUAAGAGGCUUUUAAUGGUUCUAAGAAUGAAUCUUGAUGGAGGGGGCUGAAAUUUUAAUAAGCAUGCGUGACGACCCUAGUCUUCAUGUGCGUUACAGAAUGGAAGCAUCGUGUCUGGAGCUGGCAUUAGAAGGUGAGCGUCUGUGCAAAGCUGGAGACUGUCGUGCCGGAGUAUCUUUCUUUGAAGCAGCUGUUCAGGUCGGAACAGAAGAUCUGAAAACCCUUAGCGCUAUAUACAGCCAGCUAGGCAAUGCGUAUUUCUACCUCCAUGAGUACAAUAAAGCUUUGGAGUACCACCAUCAUGACCUGACUUUAGCAAGGACUAUUGGAGAUAGGCUAGGAGAAGCUAAAGCUAGUGGCAAUCUUGGUAAUACUCUAAAGGUUUUGGGUAAUUUUGACGAAGCAAUUGUUUGUUGUGAACGUCAUUUGGAAAUUUCACUGGAACUAUAUGAUAAGGUUGGUGAGGCUAGAGCUCUCUACAACCUUGGGAAUGUGUACCAUUCAAAGGGAAAGAGUCUGGCCUGCACUGGGACUCAGGAUCCAGGGGAGUUCCCAGAAGAGGUGAAAACUGCUUUACAGAAAGCUGUAGAUUAUUAUGAGGCAAACUUAUUAAUUGUAACCGAUCUGGGCGACCGAGCAGCUCAAGGGCGUGCUUAUGGAAACCUUGGAAACACGCACUAUUUACUAGGAAACUUCAGAAAGGCUGUCAUGUCUCAUGAGCAGCGCCUUCUAAUUGCCAGAGAGUUUGGUGACAGAUCGGCAGAAAGAAGGGCUUAUAGCAACUUGGGAAAUGCGUUUAUCUUUCUUGGCGAAUUUGAAAUGGCAGCAGAAUAUUAUAAGCGGACUCUGCAGUUGGCACGGCAGCUGAAGGACAGGGCUGUGGAAGCACAGAGCUGUUACAGCCUGGGAAACACAUACACUCUUCUUCAAGAUUAUGAAAAAGCUAUUGAUUAUCAUCUGAAGCAUCUUGUCAUUGCUCAGGAACUCAGUGACAGAGUGGGUGAAGGCCGGGCCUGCUGGAGCCUAGGAAAUGCAUACACUGCCUUGGGAAACCAUGACCAGGCUGUUCAUUUUGCAGAGAAGCAUCUGGAUAUUUCAAGAGAGUUGGGAGAUCGAAAUGGUGAACUCACAGCGCAGCUGAACCUCUCUGACCUACAGAUGGUGCUGGGACUUAGCUACAGCACCAAUACCUCAGUGCUUUCCGAAAUCCAGGACCCAGACACCAGUGUGAAUGGUGCACGGCCGAAGUUAAGCAGACGGCACAGCAUGGAGAAUCUGGAACUUGUGAAGUUAACUCCAGAGAAGGUACAAAACUGGAACAGUGAGAUCCUUGCUAAACAGAAAGUCCUGCUCUCAAAGCCAUCCUCUAAGCUUAUGUUUGUAAACAGACUGAAAGGGAAGAAGUUUAAGAACAGCACAUCCAGUAAAGUGCUACAGGACACCAGUAACUCCAAUGACUCUAACAGAAAGAUGGCCAACUCUCAACGGAAAACUGUAGUCCCAGACAACAUUGGUGAUGAAGGUUUCUUUGAUCUACUAAGUCGAUUUCAGAGCAACCGGAUGGAUGACCAGAGGUGCAGCUUGCAAGAAAAGAACCUCUUGAAUGUUCCCAAAGGCACAUCUUCCACCCCUCCUAAAACCAUGAGAAAAUCGCUGUCAGCAUCAGCUGUGUCUCCUCACACAGAUGAGUUUCUUGAUCUGCUGGCAAGUUCACAAAGUCGCCGGCUUGAUGACCAGAGAGCGAGCUUCAGUAACUUACCUGGUCUGCGGAUUAACCAGCAACAUAACCAGUCUGUACUGGGACACCUAAUGUCCAGUGAAAACCGGGAGCCAGAUGAAGACUUCUUUGAUAUGCUGGUGAAAUGUCAGGGCUCCCGCUUAGAUGAUCAACGCUGUGCACCUCCACCUCCUCCUAAAAAGGGACCCACUGUCCCAGAUGAGGACUUUUUCAGCCUUAUUUUGCGUUCACAAGCUAAACGUAUGGACGAACAGAGGGUUACUCUUUCUUCACAUCUAAAGAGACCAAAUUCAAGUUAAGGCAAACCUAUUUUAAUGUGACCUCUCCACUCACGUUUCUUGGGACAAAAUGGGUAUUAAAGCCUUCUCUGAAAAGGAACUCUUCUACGGAUAUUACUAGACGUUAGAAGAAUGACACGAUCUGGAUUCAAGAUGGCCAGUAAUAUAUGGUACAGUUUCCUCAUGGUAUCACAAUUCCAGGAUGUAUUCACAUGUCCAAUAGCCUCCUACUCUCAUUGAUGGGAUAGUAUAGAGCAACAAAGAAAA